GUGGUUUCCUGCGGUGCGUGGGUAAAGCAUAUGAAAGAAGACGACGUCAAUACACAUGGACAUACCACUCGUCGCUGUACUAGGAAACACCGGCGUGAACUAUUAAUCUUAUUUUCUUUUCUUUCUUUCUGAAUGAACUACCUCUCUCUUCUCUAUGGAUCGGUAUAGCUCUAGCAUCAUUGCCUCAAAAAAUAACAACAACAACAACGACAACAGCAACAAACCCAAACAAAUGAUAUGAUGGAGAACCUAUCGAUGCACGAUCCUCCACCUCAACCAGGCGGCUCGUCGCUGGGACGCGCCGCCGCCGCCGCAGCAGCAGCUACUACUACUACUCCCCAACCGCAACAGCUUCCUCCCCAGAUGUUCACCACUGCUGCGCAGCUACUAGACCUCACCGAUAAAAAGCUUUUGGUGUGUCUACGAGAUGGCCGGAAACUAAACGGCGUUCUACGAAGCUGGGACCAGUUUGCAAACCUGGUCCUCCAGUCCACAGUCGAGCGCAUAUACGCCACCACAUCCGACCCCUCGGACCCGCAACCAAAAGGCCUCUACGCCGAGCAGACCCACGGCAUCUUCCUCGUCCGCGGCGAAAACGUGCUCCUCCUCGGCGAGAUCGACCUCGACAAGGACGACGAUCCGCCCCCUGGCUUCGAGAAGGCCGAGUUCGCCGUGGUAGAGAAGCUGGCGAAAGAGCAGAGAGCCGUAGAAAGGACGAGAGAGAAGAAGAAGAUACAGAAGCUGGCUACGCUGGGGUUCGAGGGCGAGAACAUUGGAGAGAUUAUACUCUAGAAAAGGGGUACUUGGGCGCGGAAGUAUAAAAAGAAAAAAAGGGAAGAAAAUCACGCCACGGGGGAAAGUGGUAUAUACCCAAGAUGGAUUGAGAGACAGAAUAUUGUGAAAUGUCUCCCUUUCAUCAGCCCUAGUACAUAGGACUGGUAGUCUUGCGGACGGGAAUUAGAGGCCUGGAAGACUGCUCUCCUCUCCUAUAACAGCAGCAAACAAGAGCUGCACUCUAAUUCGUGUUGGUAGCUUGUUGUAUGUAUUUAGAAAGCACGAAUGUAUUCUUUAUACCUGGUUGUUAUGAGAUAUGCUCAUCGGGUUGGCUGCCCUAGCUUUUAGAAAUGCAUAGUUAUACCUGUCACUUAAAAGAAAUCCUUCAUGCGCAAUAAUAAA